AUGGGAAAUAAGGUGGCCACGCAGGCGGUUCAUCUGAAUAAUUACCUGCAUGAAUUAUCAGAGAAAAUCGUCUACGAUCAGCCCCUUGGCAACGGACGCUUUCUGCGUACCAUCAAGUGCCAGUGCUUGCCCGACGAAGGCGCCGUUGUGGUCAAGGUCUACGUGAAACUACAGCAAGGCUCCCUAAGAGAAUACGUGGACAAGCUUACAGACAUACAGGAGAAGUUUGCCCACAUACGAAACCCGAACGUGUUUCCCUUCCAACGCUUCAUCGAGACGGAGAAGGCCGGCUACCUCAUCCGCCAGUACUUCCUCUACAACCUCUACGAUCGCAUCGGAACGCGGCCUUUCCUCACGGACAUCGAGAAAAAGUGGAUCACGUUCCAGCUGCUGCGCGCGCUGAGCCAGGCCCACGCGCGAGGCGUUUGCCACGGCGACAUCAAGUGCGAGAAUGUGCUGGUCACCAGCUGGAUGUGGAUCUACCUCUCCGACUUUGCCUGCUACAAGCCCACCUACAUACCCGAGAACAACCCUUGGCCGUUCAACUUCUUCUUCGACACCGGAGAGCGCGGCACGUGCUACCUGGCGCCGGAGAGGUUCUACUCCUCCGGAGACAAAAUCCCCGUCAAGGGCGAGCUCACGCCGGCCAUGGACAUCUUCUCGCUCGGCUGCGUCAUCGCGGAGCUGUUCCUGGAGGGCCAGCCCAUCUUCACCUCGCCCCAGCUGCUGAGCUAUCGCAAGGGCGAAUACGACCCGACACCCUUCAUCGAGCGCAUCCAGGACAAGGGCGUGCAGCGGCUGGUCAAGGCCAUGAUCCAGCUGGACCCCAACCUUCGUGACAGUGCCGACUACUACCUCAAGACCUGGACCCCGGAGGCGUUCCCAGAGUACUUUGCAUUUUUGCAGGAUGAGCUGAUGCUGGAGUUGAUGGUCAUGGACGCCGACAACAAGGUCGCCACCAUCCACCAGCAGUUUGAUCGCAUCCUCUCCCAAUUCACCUGUACGCCAUCCUCGCUGACUUCGUCGCCCGCACUUCCCCUGCCCAGCCACCCGGCCUCGCUUACCGAAUCCUCGCCGGCGGGUCUGCCCACCCGCAGCAGCAGCGCGGCUAUCCCGCGCUCCUACUCUGGCUCCACGCUGGCCAGCAGCGGGGCCACCACACCCAACGGCCGAAAGCGACGGCAGGCCAACGGCGAGGGCGGCACCGCCAGUGACGAGGCCGAGGCCGAGUACGACAACGGCGACCAUGACAAGGACGGCGGCAAGGACAACGCCUUCACGCUCCUGCUCAACACGGAGAAGUUCAUCCACCAUCUCGAGGGCGCGGCGCCCGCAUCGCCUUCGACGCGGCGCCCCAGUCGCCCGUUCGGCCUGGACGCGCAUGCCCUGAGCGACUACAAGGGGGAGGGCAGCGGCGACGCGCUGCGGCCCCCGCCGUCGGUUGGCGGUGAGAGCGACCCUGUGAUCUCCCCACGAGGAGGCGACAAGGAGCCUAAGGACCUGGUGCGCGCCAUCAACACGGACGCCACGGAGACACCCGCCGAGGCUGUGCCGGAAAUGACGAGUCUCACCCGUGGCACCGAGGGCUUCGUUCUCAUCCUCAACGAACGUCCGCACGCCGCAUUCGCGGUUGCUGGCGCUCGACGUCUUUGUCAAGUUGAUACCGUAGUGGACGACCAGUGCCGGCUGCAGAGGCUCGUGCCCUACGUGGUGUCCCUCCUCUCGGACCAGCACUCGCUCAUCAAAGUCACCGCCCUGCGCACACUCACCAAAAUCCUCGAGAAGGUGACGGAGUUCGGUCCCAGCGACUCGCACAUCUUCCCCGAGUACAUCCUGCCCGCCCUCUCCGAGUUCCACACAGCCAACGAGGAAAUCGUGCGACUCGCCUUCGCCGAGAACCUGGCGCAGCUCGCCGAGAUCGCCCGCCGGUUCCUCGAGACCUCGCAGCUGUUCAAGCGGGUCGCCAUGGGCGACCUCAGCGCCCACUCCAGCAGCACCAACUGGAACGGCGAGCUCCUGCCCCACCAGGCGUCGUACGACAUGGAGCUCAAGGAGUUGCAGGACACCUUCCACGAGAUCGUUGUUCACAUCCUGUCGCGCGAGAGGUCGUCCAGCGUCAAGCGCACUCUUCUCAUGGACAUCACGAGGUUGUGCAUCUUCUUUGGCCGAUUCAAGACGGAGACGACACUGCUGCUUCACUUGAUCACGUUCGUCAACGAGCACAGCGAUUGGCAACUGCGCUGCGCGUUCUUCCACAACAUCGUCGGCGUGGCUGCCUUUGUUGGAGACAAGUCGCUGGAGCUCUACAUCCUGCCCUGCAUCGAGCAGGCCCUUGCUGACGAAGAAGAGUUCGUGAUUGACAAGGCCAUCAACUGCAUGGGCUGCCUGUGCGAGUUGGGCCUGUUCCGCAAGCCCAUCCUCAUCAACAUCGCCCAGAAGACCACUCCCAUGCUCUUCCACCCCAACACCUGGAUUCGAUUCGGUGUUGUGGCGCUCACGGAGGCCAUCUCGAAGCAGCUCUCGCGGGCCGACGUGUUCUGCUUCCUGUUCCCCAUCCUCCGACCGUUCCUCCAGUGCGACAUCGUCCACGUCACCGAGUCCAACCUGCUCCAGGCCCUGCAAUCGCCGGUGUCACGAGGCAACUUCGAAAAGGCGCUGUACAGCAUCGGGCCGAUCCUGUCGGAGGAGGACGGAAGCUCCCCGGAGCCCUCGCGCCAGCCGUCUUCGGAAGACGCAGCCGACGGACCCGAAGGCAAACUGCCCCGGGCCUCCUCGCAAUCCAACCUGCCCGACGGCGAAGAGGGGAGCUUUGACAGCAAAUUCCUGAGCAAGCUCAGGGAGUGCGGAGUGCAAGACGAGGAGAAGUCGAAGCUGUUCCUCAUGCGCCACUACCUCAAGAACGCCUCGGCUGCCAUUACCUACAAAAACCUGUGGACGAACAAGAAGGAGGCGGAGAAGGGCGGGGGCGAGGCCCGGUCUCGGCGCGACGAGUACGCGCAGCUGUCGAAGACGAUCCCCGUGCACUCGACCGGCGCCCUCUCCACCGCAUACUCGCAAGCGCAGCCGGGCGGCGGCAUCGGCGCCCCCUCGCUCGAUAAGGCGCAGGCGCCAACGGCGGCGCGAGCCUACGGAGAAGCGUAUCUGGGGCGCCUGCAGCGUAUGGACAACGGCAGCUCGAUGCCGCUCACCGGCGAUAGCCUGCGGGACUGGAAGCCGCGGGGCAUUCUCGUCGCACACCUGCACGAGCACCACGGGCCGGUCAACCAGUUGAAGGCCACGCGCGACAACCUGUUCUUCGCCUCGUGCUCCGACGACGGCACGGUCAAGAUUUGGGACUGCCAGCGGCUCACCAACCAGAAGAACGUCACCAACCGAUCCCGGCUCACCUACUCCUCACAAGGUGGCAAGAUCAAGUGUAUCACGGUCUGUGAGAACUCGCACGCCAUCGCGUCGGGGUCGGACAACUCGUCGAUUCACGUCAUCAAGGUGGAGUACACCACCAAGAAGGAGGGCCAGGUCAACCGCUACACCGGCGUCUCGACCGUGCAGUACCUGGACAAGGUGCAGGGUCCCGUAGUCGCCAUCGACCACUUCAACACCGACUCCCAGUCCGUCCUGAUCUACGCCACCGGCAAGGGCUACAUUCACGUGUGGGACCUGCGGCAGAAGCGGGAGAUCUGCGAGAUGCGCAACGGCCCCGAGCUGGGCGUGCUCAAGACGUUCGUCAUCGACGCCGGACGCAACUGGCUCGUGACGGCCACGUCGCGCGGGUACUACACGUGUUGGGACCUGCGGUUCUCGAUCCCGGUCAAGACCUGGCGGCACGCCGACGCCGCCAAGCGCAACGUGCACCGAAUGGCCCCGUCCCCCGCGGCGAACAAGCCGCUCUACGCGCUGUCGUCGCCCUACUUCUUCGCGGCCAACGGCGACAAUCAGGUCGACAUGUGGGAUAUCGAGAGCACCGUGUCGAGGCAGGUGUUCAAGAUCGUGCCCGAGUUCGGCGCGCACAACCACCAGGCACCCCUGCCCGGCUCGGCCACGCUGCACAAGUCGCAGUCGCUCGACUUUGGCACGGAGGACCUGCAACGUCAGGUGCUGAACAGCGAGUCGUCAAUGCGUGCGAUCCUGUCGGGUCCAAGCGACGCCAUGUCGGGCUCGCCCAACUACGUCAUCACGGCCGGCACCGACCGCUGCAUUCGCUACUGGGACCUCACCAACGUGUCCAAGUCGUUCGUCAUCUCCGGGCCGUCGCACUCGUCCGCAUCGCCGGCCCAGCUGCCCGUCUACAGCACCCAGACGGCCGGACCCACGACCUACUUCAUCGAGACGCCGCCGCCCACGCUCCUCUCAUCAUUGGCCUCCGCGCACGCCUCGCCUGCAUCGUCGCUAUCUUCGUCGACGCUGUCGUCGUCGACGUCAUCGGGCGCGUCGUCGUCAUCCGGAGGCGGCGCGUCGGCCGAGAGCCCGCGGGUAGUGCUGAGCAGCGGCAAGCAGCGACCACCGCCCAUCCACCACAACGACGCCAUCACCGACGUCGAGGUGCUCGAGCUGCCCACGCGGCUGCUCAUCUCCGGCUCGCGCGACGGCGUCAUCAAGGUGUGGAAGUAA